UGGUAGUGUUAGAGAUUAGCAGAAUAACUACAGGAAAAGCAGUCUGGGCUGGACUAAAGGAUAUUCUGGGCUGUGUCUGAAGAUGACGUACUAAGGAGUAAAACCAGAAGUUAAUGAAGAAAAGUUUUAUUGAAUGUGGUGGCCCCAAGGGUGACCAGGAGUGUUGCUGCUCAUCCUCAUAUACAAUGUCAUCUUAUUUCUCCAUGAAAUGGAUUCUUCUGCUCUUGUGUACAGGCCCCACUGUUUUGGGAUCCCAUGUGAAGGGAGAGGUUGGUCAGAAUAUCACUGUGCCAUGCUCUUACAGUGUUAAGCUUAAACAAGACAUCACAUCAAUGUGCUGGGGUUGUGGCAGCUGCCCUGUUUCUAAAUGUGAUCAGACCAUUCUCUGGACAGAUGGCUGGAAGGUGACAGAGCAGCACAACAGCAGGUAUAUGUUGAAAGGGGACCUGCUGAGGGGUGACGUGUCCCUCACGAUCCUGAAUGCCCAGGAAGCAGACAGCGGGAUUUACUGCUGCCGUGUGGAGAUCUGGGGGUGGUUCAAUGAUCAGACAAGUAAUCACAAGGUUGUCAUAGAGAAAGCUAGGAUCUCUACUGCAAGUCCUCACACUUACACCUCUGAACAGACCUCAGCUCCUGGGAGCACCAGCAAUUCAACCUUUACCAUCACAAGAACAUGGCCAUUGAUUUCUGCUUCAGAAGCUCCUCGUACUACCUCUGGUCCCUGCUCAAGCACCUCAGAUUGCUUGGAUGUAACCUCAAACCUGCAGAACAUGUCUGUAUCACUUUCCAGUCAGCAGCAUUCAGAAAACUGGCUGUACAUUGGGAGUGGUUUAUGUGGGGGACUUCUAGCCAUCCUUAUUUUGGCUCUGUUCCUCACUAGAAGAUCGUUACACAAUACGAAGAAGAUGGGUAACCCUGCAAAUUUCAUUGCAUUUUGGAGGUCAGAAGGUACAGGGAACCAUAGUGCCUUGGAAGAUGAGAUCCAUGCAGAGGAAAACAUUUAUAUAAUACACUAAGGACUAUAUGCAUGCUUGCCUUUGUCAUCGUUGGGACAUUAAAUAGUUUGCAAAAUGUUCUGUUGGCUCAGCAGCUAAACACGACUGGACUACUGAAGCAUUAUUGAUAUCAUUCUAAUACAACAAAUAAAAGCUACACUUCUAAUUAAAACUUUAUCAGCCUGUUCCAAAAACCCUACUGUCUUGAAUGGAAACUUCUCGAAUCCAC